GUGGGAAGAGACGAUCGAAACCACAGUCCCGCUCUCGCUCGCUUCGUCAGAGGAUAACACUGACGGCCAUGUUGUCGCCGCCUCUGGCCGCCACGCCCACCCCUUUCCUCCUCCCCGCCAAAUCCAAGAGCCCGCUCGCGGCCGCGCCCGCGGCCCAGCAACACCCGCUCCUCCCUUACCUCCCGCAGUGCACGACCCUCCGUGCGCUCGCGCAGCUCCACGCCGCCGCCGUCAAGUCCGGCCUCCAAGCUCACCCGGCCUUCGUCACCAGGCUCCUCACGCUCUGCACCGACCAGGGCGCCGCGAAGCCGGCCCAGCUAUCGUACGCGCGCCAGGUGUUCGACAGAAUCCCCGGCCCCGGGGACGUCGUCUGGUACAACACGCUGCUGCGCGGGUACGCCCGCUGCUCGGCCGCUGGCGGCGCGCGUCCGCCCGCGGAGGAGGCGGCGCGGGUGUUCGUGCGGAUGCUGGAGGAGGGCGUCGCUCCGGACACCUACACCUUCGUGUCGCUGCUCAAGGCGUGCGCGGCCGCGCGGGCCGGGGAGGAAGGCCGGCAGGCGCACGGCGUGGCGGUCAAGGUCGGCGCCGCGGAGCACGAGUAUGUGCUGCCCACGCUGAUCAACAUGUACGCGGAGUGCGGGGACGCGCGGGCCGCACGCACCAUGUUCGGCAGGGUGGACGGGGAGUGCGUGGUCUCGUACAACGCGAUGAUCACCGCGGCCGUGAGGAGCAGCCGGCCUGGGGAGGCGCUGGUGCUGUUCCGGGAGAUGCAGGCGAAGGGGCUCAAGCUGACGUCCGUGACGCUGAUUAGCGUGCUCUCGGCGUGCGCGUUGCUGGGGGCACUGGAACUGGGGAGGUGGAUCCAUGAGUAUGUCCGGAAGGUACAGCUUGAUUCCCUUGUGAAGGUCAACACUGCGCUGAUUGACAUGUAUGGAAAGUGUGGGAGCUUGGAGGAUGCCAUCAGUGUGUUCCAGGGGAUGGAAUCAAGAGAUAGGCAAGCUUGGUCCGUUAUGAUCGUGGCAUAUGCCAACCAUAGCUAUGGCAGAGAGGCCAUUUCGCUAUUCGAAGAGAUGAAGAAGCAAGGGAUAAAGCCUGAUGAUGUGACAUUCCUGGGCGUGCUCUAUGCCUGUAGUCAUUCUGGCUUAGUGAGUGAAGGUCUCCAAUAUUUUGACAGCAUGCGAGAGUUUGGGCUCGUUCCGGGGAUAAAGCACUACGGUUGUGUGGCUGAUUUGCUAGCUCGAUCAGGUCAGCUUGAUAGGGCUUAUGAGUUCAUUGAUGAACUGCCGAUAAAGCCCACUGCCAUCUUAUGGAGGACAUUGCUUUCUGCUUGUGGAAGCCGUGGAGAUGCUGAUCUUGGGAAACAAGUAUUCGAGAGGAUUCUUGAACUGGAUGAUUCUCAUGGCGGUGACUAUGUGAUAUUCUCAAAUUUGUGCGCUAACACUGGGAGAUGGGAAGAGAUGAACAGGGUAAGGAAGCUGAUGAAUGAAAAGGGAGUGGUAAAGGUGCCAGGCUGUAGCUCAAUUGAGGUAGAUAACAGGGUUCAUGAGUUCUUCGCAGGAGAUGGCAGACACCCAAAAUCACUAGAUGCGCGGCGGAUGGUUGAUGGAGUGAUUGAGCAGCUAAAACUUGCUGGUUAUGUCCCUAAUACGUCUCAUGUCUUUCAUGUUGAAAUGGGCGAGGAGGAGAAAGCAGUAAGCCUAAGAUACCACAGUGAGAAGCUGGCAAUUUCUUUUGGGCUUUUAAAUACAUCUCCCGGAACUACCCUCCGUGUUGUCAAGAAUCUUCGUGUAUGUCCAGACUGCCAUUCAAUGGCAAAGCUUGUCUCGAUGGUCUUUAAUAGGCGGAUCAUACUCAGAGAUCUAAAUCGAUUCCACCACUUUGAGGAUGGGGUCUGCUCUUGUGGAGACUACUGGUAGAUUUUAUGAAUAUCAUUUUUGUACCACGAUGCCCUAUCCUUAUUGUAUCCAUAAGUUUAAGUGUCCUCCUUCUAGAUUUCAUGGAACCUGUGAAGACGUGAAUUCAAUGUAUUCUGCAUAUACUUUGCAAACUAAUCAGUUACCGGAUAUUCCACUCAUUUCUACGGAGUACCAUCUUUACUUCUCCACUUGAUGAUGCACAGCAGUUAAAAUCUCUUCCAACCAUCUUUAUUUCAUAUUACUAGCAUAUAUUAUGCUAAGCCGACCCAAGCAGAUUAGCGCAAUGACUUGCUACACCUGACCAGUUCCAUGAGCAAUUCAGAUGACCCCUGUUCCUUGCUAGAUCAGAUCUUAAGUGGAACAAUUAUCAGUUAACAGAAGUAGUCGUAAUGAUAAUAUAUUUCCGAGGAAUGGAAACAGAUGUUUUGGUACAUAACUCUGCCUCCUGGAAGGUCGUCAGCAUGACAAAAACAAUAUAAAGUCACGUGGACUCGCUCUAUCCAAUCUUACAGAAGGCGGUGACAUGAAAACACAUAUAAAUGUGUCUGGUCAAUAGUACCUUCGGUAAUUUGGUGAUUAUGAAACUGGCGCACAGCCUGUAUUCCACUGGUCACUGGUGUAUUUUAGAUCUGCAAGAAUGCUUUGUAAAUGCUUCAUCAAAUACUCUGGCUUUAAGGUUCAGGUUGGUUAUCUCUCUCUUUCUUGCAUGUGCCAUCCUAAUAAAUUCGGUGUACAGCUAACCAGUAUGUGUCUAAGAAUAGUCACACCGGAGUUUAGACUUCAGACCCAUGUUCCUGCUACCAACACAGUAUAGUGUAUCAGUUUUGUUUUCAUCAUCACUAUGUUAUGUUGUAAAUAGGUUAGCAAACCACAUCGUUUAGAUGACUGAAAUGAAUACUUGCUAAACCAGUCAUCCUUAGUACAUGGUGAUAUAUGUUAGGUUACUGUACUUCAUUCAACUUGAUAAACAGACCUUGCCAUAUGAACAUAACGAUGAACUAGGUUAUCUGCUAUCUUGGGGGAUUUGAUUAUCAUAUAACUUUGUCUCUACAUGUGUGACUGGUUACUUCAACACGGCAAGAAUGCCAUCAGCUUUAUAUGUCAAGCAAAUAGCAGGUUUUACUUGUUCUAACACGGCACAAUUUUUUCCCUCUCUCGAACAAACACAGUUUGGUUUUCCUCUUCCAUUGUCUGCAGAUGGGUCCAAUAUCUGCCUAGUUAACAUAUGCCAGCUUGUCAUUUACUCAACCGAUCAAUGACGAAAAGUUCAUCCAUGCCAUGCCGUGGGACCACUUAGUUCACAAGUUUUCUUUCAAAUGCUUGUAGUCGUAUUCUUCAGUCUUUACCAUAUGUGUUAUUGCUACCAUACAAUUGCUGUCGUUGUUGUCCAUCUAUGGAAAUUUGUUGACGUGCUGUGUUAUACUGGAUAUGUUUAAAAAAGUACAUUGUGAUCUUUCAGUUAUCUAAUCUUAGUGGGUUGAUGUGUGACAAGGACAAGGUGCAAAAGUUAUAUGGGCAAGGUGAGACCAUAAAGCAUUUCCUGCCUGGAGCCAGCCAAGACGAGAGGUAGAAGAAGGUUCUUGCCUUUGAGUUGAUCAACACAUGAGUAAAACAAACCCCUCUUUGCAGCUGGAAUCCAUGAGCGACGAAGCUCUCCUAUUCCUUAACUUGACAUAGUAUGACUCUUUGCUUUGGGCCCCGUCUUUAGAUUCUUAUCUUACGGUUCGUCAAAAAAGAUUCUUAUCUUUACAUAGCUGCAUUUCUUUGUGCAGUGGAAUCACAAACCCAAUCAGACCAUCAUUUCUUUGAGAUGAUGUCCUGAUGCUCAAUCAAAUGAUGACCUGACAAGGCCAAGUAUUGGUACUCUCAUUUAACUAUCAGAAAGGGAGAUGUGCCUUUGGGUCUAGUUAUUCGCCGUGUUUGUUGUCCUCCUGAGUUAUUCCUUUAACUUUGUUUAUACCUCCUUUAGCUUCUGUGCUUAUAUUCUUCAGGACCCAAUCAACACAAACAACCAAAUUUGUAUGUUGUCUGCACGAAUUUUGAGAUGGUUUCAAAGAUGCUUCCUGUUUGGAAUUGUACAAAGGUUCCCACAUUUAUUUUUUUCACGAUGAGCAACAAGAAAGUCUACCGGACAAAAGAGUAGGAACUAUAGUUGUUGUGCUUGAAAGUUGAAAGUAAUCAGACUCUACAAAGUAAUCAAACUUGGUGAUGAGCGAUACCGCGUUGGGUCAGGCCAGGCCCAUCUCCAGUUUUUCUAAUAGCAUGAACUAAAACCAUCAUCCGGUAGCUGUCCUGUUCGAUCGAAACAAGUAAAGAAAGAAUCCCCACAGAACAAAACAAAAUAAAUCCAAUCAAGGAGAACAUCUAACAGAAACCAUAAACUAGAAGGAAUUAGGAAUUAGCAUAGCUCCUUGUCUGUUGGCGCAGCAACAGUAUAGUACUGACAAUAGACCAGUAUCUCUGUCCCAGAUGGCGACUAAUGCAAGGUACGCAUUGGGUCAACCGUCCCCCUUAACUCCCAUCCUGAUUACGUCAGUUCUUGCUCUUGAUCACGGCGGCUUUGCUCGUAAUAUCACGUGGUUUCGCGCUUUCAUGAGCCGGAUUCUGACGUGACCCGCGGCUUGCCGCUAACUGCUGCUCGUCGUCGCCGGCAGGCGGCAUCAGGUUGGCACGUCAGCCUCUCUGAAAUCGCCGGUUGAUGGUAUGAGAUGCUCCCUUUUUUUUUCCCCAAUAUAUGAUUUGUCAUGCAUUUUAUAUAUCACUCUCGCCUCUUAGUCUUAUGGUUUGGGAUAUGGUUUUAAUUAUGUAAUCGUUCAGAGCCAGUUAUAUGUCGCCGUCAGGUACCGAUUCAGAAUCAGUCUAGCAACGUUUUUUGGGCUAAACUUGUGUAUCUUUUAGUGUAAUAAAUUCUUGCACUUUGACGUUGGAUUAUCAUUUGGCUAAGGUCCAUGUUUUUUUAAUCAUUUCAGCUGAUUGCACGUCAAGUGUUUGACACGAUCAUUUCAGCUAAUUUGCGCCCUAUUUUGUACGAUGUAUUCCUUCCGAGUGUCUGCUCAUGUCUUUGACCAAACUAUAUCACAAUAUUAUGCAAAGAGGGGUGCCACUAUUA